GACACCGGAUCGGGGCCGCGGGGAGCGCCCGGGCCGCCAGCGCCACCUCCGCAGCUCCCGGUCCGGCCCGGCCCGGGGACCUGCAGCUCGGCCCGGCCGCACCGCACGUGGCGCCGGUCCCGACCCGCUCCGGUCCCACGUGGCGCCCGGGCCCGCCCCGCCCCGCCCCGCCGGGAGCUCCGCUCGCCCCGCUGCCCGGCGGCGACCCGACCCGGCCCGGCCGCACCCGCCCGGAGGCUCCGCGCACACGUGGCCCCGGGUCGGACGCGACCUCGGCCCGGCCCGCGGGGCACUCCCACCGCCCCGACCCCGACCGGCGCCGGGACCCCCGGGCGGCUCCGCCCCGGCCCAUGGCGGCGCCCUGCAGCCCGGACUGCGGCCCGGCCGGCUCCGGCGCGGGGCCCGGGCCCGGGGGCACCCGCGUGUGCUUCGCGGCGGGGCCGGGCCCGGGGGCGGCGGAGCCGGGCGAGGACGACGAGGCCCCGGGGCGGCGCCAGGGGAAGGUGACGGUCAAGUACGACCGCAAGGAGCUGCGCAAGCGGCUGCACCUGGAGGAGUGGAUCCUGGAGCAGCUCACGCAGCUCUACGACUGCCAGGAGGAGGAGAUCCCCGAGCUGGAGAUUGACGUGGACGAGCUGCUGGACAUGGGCAGCGACGAUGCCCGGGGGGCCCGAGUCAAGGAGAUCCUGGUGGACUGCUACAAGCCCACGGAGGCCUUCGUGGGGGACCUGCUGGACAAGAUCCGGGGGAUGCAGAAGCUCAGCACCCCCCAGAAGAAGUGACCCCCCCACCGUCCCCCCACAGCCAGCUGGUGGGGGUGGGGGCGGGGCAACUUGAGGGGCAGGGCUCCAAGGAACCCAGGGGUGGGGCCUAUCAGCAUCACCCCGCCCCCACCGCAUCGAUAAUCACUACCAGCGCCUAGCAAUAGCCCUUCCUCCCCCCCCCCAGGGGGCAGUUAGCCCCAGAGAGGGGCAAUUAAUUAUUAUUUUUUAAUUAUUUAGGAGUGGGCGGAGUUAUUUUUAAUUGUUCCAUUGGAUUUUUUUCUAUGGAUUUAAUAAACGGUGCUUUGAGAGUG